AUGUUCCAAGUUCUUUGUCAAUAUUUGUCGCUUUCCUUGUCACAGUGAAAGACGAACUUCAAACUUACUUCAUUUUCUGUAGUACCUACGGUGGGACUCACACUCGUGUAUUCAGUACUGUGUGUAGAUUAAUACAGGUAAAAAUGAAAGCAUAUAUGUUGUAUUCUACCUUUGAGUAACUGAAAGUCGAUAUGUUAAUUUCGUCGAUUUCGUCACGUGACCUUCAAGUUUACAUUACUCCGCUUCAGACCACAUGCUCGACUGUGGGACUGUCAAGAGCCACAUGUAUUUACCUUGUAUCACACCUGUAGCAGCGUACCUGCUAAUCGGAUGCUUGAUGUGCUGACAUGUAGACGCUUACACCUGUGAAUUACAGGUAUACAGGUAAAAUGUUUGAUUGAAGAUGUAGAUAUGGAUAUCUACCCUCAUCCGACAUAACCUACCUGUACACAGCUCAUCAGGGGGAUAGUUAUUUAUAUACAAUACACUGACGAUCACCUGCGUUCGUUGUAAUCGCUGUCCAGGUUUACGUUUUUCACCUGGCGAUUUUACCUGUGCAUGUUACCUGGAGGGAUUCAGUGUGGUUUUUGGUUGUGUGAUGAUGUAUCCCCUGUGCAGUAGUAAUACCUGGCUAGCCAGCGAGCCUGUAGAUACCUGCCUGCAUAGGUGUGUAGCAGAAUAGAAUUUCUACUUGAAUUUUGUGUGAAUUCUUACCUGGGAUUUAACAAAGCUAAACUGUUUAAAAUGAUGAUGACGGAGGCUAACUAUCGCAGUAAAAAUCUAACGGACUGGAAUGGAGUCUUAGAAGAUCUUUUUGGUUCGGACAACAGCCAGAAAGCUGACUCCCUCCAUGACUCCUCAUCAGGGUUCGCCUCUGAUGUCCCCUCCUACAACUCCCAUGGGUCUAGUAUGACCACAUUUAAGGGUGCUCCAGACACAUCCGCACAGGACAAAAAGUCAACAGAGCGAGAACGAGACAGGGAACGAGAUCGAGAGAAAGGAAAUAAACCUCCUCCCUGGCCUUCUAAUGGUCAGCCCUCCCACAGGAAUCCUCAGCAUUACCACCCACAGGACCUCAACAUGCACUACAGGAUGUCCACGCCAUCACCAAUGUCAAACCGGUCAGUUUCAUCAGUCAACACUCAUUCAACAGCGUCCCAUGUCUCGUCUCAUAAGUCGUCUUCAUCCCACGUGACCCAGCACACGCCCGUACCACCAAAGAUCAGCUACAAGAAUCCCGCGUAUGAGUACCAGCUCGAUAAGCAUAUGGAGGAAAUACAAAGCAAUAUCAAACGCAUCGAGCUGCAGGAAAACGACAAAAUCAUAACAUCAAAAGGAACGAAGUACAGGACUCCGAGAUUGUCCAUGUUCGACUUAAUCACCGAUGAAGUAAUUGUGAAAAUAUUUUCAAAUUUGCCAUCCGACCAGCUUUGCAAGAGUUCUCGCGUGUGUGGUCGGUGGUACAACCUUGUGUGGGACCCGUUACUAUGGAAACAUAUCGUCAUUCGUAAUGAACGAAUCAAUGUAGAUAAGGCAUUGAAAUACCUCACAAAGAGGCUUAGUUUUAACACUCCUUCCGUUUGUGUUCUCGUAGAAAGCAUCUCUGUGAACGGAUGCGAAAGACUCUCUGAUUCAGGACUUCACACGAUCGCCAAGAGGUGUUCCGAACUGCGCAGACUUGAGCUUCAAGGAUGUUCCAAUAUCUCGAACGAGGCUCUCUUCGAAGUGACGUCAUAUUGUGUCAACCUUGAGCAUCUUGACGUGACAGGAUGCCCAUGCAUCACCAGUAUUAGUCUAACGGACCAGAUGCUUAGACAGGCGUCUGCGCAUCAUCUUCGUCAGAUCCACCUCCGGUAUCUCGACAUGACCGAUUGUUACGCCCUAGACGACGAGGGGCUCCGAACGGUCUCCCUUCAUUGUUCGCACCUGCAAUUCCUUUACCUGCGCCGAUGUGUCCGAAUCGGGGACAAUGGUCUACAGUUUAUUGCACAUUACUGUACGGGAAUUCGUGAGCUCAGCAUCAGUGACUGUAAAAAAGUGACCGACUUCGGAUUGUGUGAACUCGCCAAACUGGACGAUUUACGAUAUUUGAGUGUCGCAAAAUGUGACAAAGUGUCAGAUGUAGGCAUAAUCCAUUUGACAAAACACUGCCGGAAGUUACGUUAUUUGAACAUGCGCGGAUGUGAAGCAGUAUCGGACGACGCCAUGGACGUUCUUGCCAGAAACUGUUUUCGGAUUAAGUCCCUUGAUAUUGGGAAGUGUGACGUCACGGACGAAGGUUUGCUUGUGCUUGCUCAAAACUGUAGUCAGUUAAAGAAACUAAGUUUGAAAUCCUGUGAUGCUGUCACGGACAGUGGUGUGAAGGCGAUAGCCAAGCAAUGUCGGAACCUGCAGCAGUUAAACAUACAGGAUUGUCACGUGACUGUUGACGCUUACAGAGCGGUCAAACGUUACUGCAAACGAUGUUUUAUCGAACAUACAAAUCCGGGGUUUUACUGAGAAAUUAAAAUGUUUGAGCACUGUUAAGCAAUUUUACUGGUACUCGGAACCUUAACAAUAGGUUAAUAUAUAACAUAAACUAUAAGUGUUAUAGUGGGUAUCAAUUUAAAAAGAGCAAGGUUUUAUUAGGAUAAUUGUUUACUCAAAAUGACUCUAACCAUCACCGUUUGCCUCGAACUAAAGGUUAGCAAUAUGAUUCAAAUAUAUACAGAGCUACACAAAUAGAGAAAUGAGGAGCUUAUGUAAAUGGGCGUUGUUUUAAGACAGUAUUUAUAAUACUGUUAGGAGAGUGUUAUUUUGCCAGUACCGAAACAUAAAUCUAUUUCUCCUGAAGUACUACCAUCCCUAUGUGAUACGAUAACUUUACAGGGUCAUCAUAUAAUUCAAAACAUAGACAAUUUACAUGGAGAUACAUGUACGUUUAUGAUGAUAUUGAUAUUCGUGCCGUGCACGCGCAUGGCUGUCUCGACACCUCACGUGCACGAGCUUUCACUUUAACGAGUGUAUUACCGAUUGUAAGUUGUCUAGUUGGCAGCUAAAACAGACGUGGAACUCAUGUUUCAAGGAAAGUCUGCGGUCUCUAUGUAAAAAGAACUUGGGUUUAGGACCUUCAACGCGGCCUGAUACGUGUCCAAGACAUUGAACACGGUCUUAUAUGUGUCCAAGACCUUUGUCUUGAACACGGUCCGAUAUGUGUCAGAGACCUUGAACGCAGUCCGAUACGUGUCCAAGACCUUGAACAAGGUCCGAUAUGUGUCCAAGACCUUGAACGCAGUCUUCAUAUGUGUCCAAGACCUUACAAAUUGAACACAAUCUGUUUUGUGUUCAGGACCUUUUAAACGGCCUCCUUUUUGUAUUCAACAGAUUCUUUGUGCCAAAUGUGAUUAGAUAUAUAUAUACCAUUGUGUCAGUAUUUUUGUACGAGUCCUAUUAACUAUGCAGAUGUUUAUGAUAUAGAUCUAUAUUGAUGUACAUUCCCCAGAGAUGUCCUUUAACUUAUUUAUUUUGUCCCAGAACAAGAGGUAUACUUGUUUUAAUGUAUAUAGGUUGCAUAUAUUAGGGUUCCACGUACCACUGCCAAAAAAAAAUUCCUUUGGUAAUGAUAAAAGUUUUCAUAAAUCAUAUUUGAAAGACAUUUAUACCUAGUGAAACUUUUAUGAAAAUAGAAUAAUAAUGAAAAAUCCAGUUUUCUGAGACUAAGGGCGAGACCAGGGUUUUAAACCCUCGACCUUCUGAUCCUAGUAUUGUCAUUCAAACUGAACUACCAGCUGGUCAGUGGUUGCCCUAUAUCCUGGUCCAACUAUAGACAUAUCUAAGAUUAAAGGGAGGUUACUCCAUGUAUGAAAGAUUACAUUGGAACUCUUUAGUGUUUUUUCUUGCAGUGGGGGACAGGGAUCCUUUACUUAACGUUGUAUAAGAUUGUCCUUCCUUAAUUAUCUUAUCAGCUUUAUUUCGUAAUUAAGAAGAAGUCCAAAGUUACCAGUGUCAGAAUCAUAUCAGACGUGUCAUUUAUUUAACAGAAUCCAAAUAACCUUGCAACAAAGAUAUUUUAAAGUUUAUAAAUGUGGAAUACCUUUGCAUAUUCUUAAGCAUAUCUCCUUUAGGAAAAAAGUGGUCAUGUAGUUGGAAGUUAUCGGAAUGUAUUCUGCGAUAUAAAUAGAAUCUAUUACGUCAAGUCUUUAUUUUCCGUGUGAUAUAGGUCUUUUAUUUUCACAUGAAUUCGCAUCUUACACCAAAGGACUUUAAUGUGAGCGAGACGCUAUUGAACGUGUCUUUGGUAAAAAAAAAUGAAGAAAACAUCUGUUUAACAGUAAAUUAAACACGUUUCAUUACAAUUUAUACCGAAUGAAUUAAUUUUGCCAAAUUGUAACGAAACAUGGUUAAUUUACUAUAUUCGCUGUAGAGUCGUUAUGUUCAUUUCACGGGCGUUUAAUUUGUCGUACCGUCCUUUCUGUGAUCAUUGGUGAACUUAUUUAUUCGCGUCUUUCUCACGUCGAAGUCUUGUGGUGUAAACUAUUCUAAUGUGUAGGGUUAUUUUUUUCUUUUAAGUCGCAAUUUGGAAGUUUUGAAGAAAAACAGUAUUGUCCAAAGAGUCACUCCAGGAAAAAAUAUGUUUCAAAACCAUUAUAUCCAAUAUAACCCGUUACUUACAGCAGUACAAUAUAUAAAGUUAACUCAGCAAUCUCACGAUAUAAAAGUACCUAGACGGAUUACUGUUGUAAAUUCCAAAGAUUAUUUUUUAUUGCAUCCGCUUUUUCGUCCGUCUGUUGUUUCUCAGAUUAGCGCAUGUCUGGCUGUUUGGGAACGAUCGGACGCGUUCCCAGGUGUUCGUUAUCUGUGUGAACAGACUUAGGAAGCCAGACUUGUCUGUGUGGGAGUCCGCGAUAUACCUAUGUCGACCUUGACCUUUAUACCCUCGAGUGCUAUUCUACGCCAGACAAUUGUGAUACUCGUUACUACAUAAAUAAAAAUGUCACAUCAGA